AUGCGCAAAGAGACUACCAACGUGACCAAGAAGCAAUCAUCAAGAUCGAAAACGCACGCUGCCCGACAGCGCUCCCCGCCAACGCAAGACGGCGCAUCAUCUUCGCCCUCGUCGUCCCUCCAACAAGCAGAUUCGUCUUCUUCUCGACAGUCUCUCGCUAGCUGCGACUCCUCCUCCUCCUCCUCCUCCUCCUCCUCCUCCUCCUCCUCCUCCUCCUCCGCCUCCUCACCCAUCUCCCCCGCUCUCCUCCUCAGCACCCACCAGCAAGCCCUCGCCUUUCUCUUCCACACCUUCAUCGCCGCCACCCCCUUUGAAGGCUACCUCUCCUCCUUCUACCUGCCCUACAGCCCCGACAGCGAUGCCUGCGCCUUGGCCAUUGAUGCCACCGCCUUGGCCGCCUACGCCCGUCACGCCCGCCAGCACCGCCACCAGGACGCGGCGCGCGCCAACUACGCUCGCGCCCUGUCCCGCGUCAAUAAGGCGCUCGCCGACCCGCGCACCGCCGUCCAGGACCAGACCCUCGUCGCUGUCCUCGUCCUCGCCCUCUUCGAGGCCACCGUGUUUCAGGACAGCGGCAGCAGUAGCAGCAGCAGCAGCAGCGCGCCCACCAGCUGGGUCGCCCACACCUGGGGUGCCAUGCAGCUGCUCAUGCUCCGCGGGCCCGACCAGCUCGCCUCGUCGUCUGUCGCCCGCCAACUCUUUGCCCACGCCAGCAACAACAUCAAGGCGAGCUGCAUCCAGCGCUCCGCGCCAAUCCCGCAGCCCUUUCUCGAGUUCGACGGGCGCGUCCGAGGCCUGCUAAACGGCCACGACCCGGCCGUGCCACUCGCGGACCUGCUGCACAAGGUCUGCGCCAUCAAGGCCAGAGCGCGGGAGGAGCAGGAGCGCAGCAUGGUGCUGCUCCUGGAGGCUCUCCAGGUCGAUCAGGAAAUCAUUGCCUUUUGCGAUGCGCCGCCGCCCACGCUCAGCUUUACCCGCGAGCCCUUUCUUCAGGGGCCGGCUUGGACGUAUCAGAGAAUCGUGCACACGUAUGCGAGCCUGCGCCUAUGCAAGCUCUGGAACGCGGUGCGCCUGCUGCGCAUAUUUCUCCUGAGCUUGCUCGGCGACGACAUUGCGCACUGCCGCGUCGACGAGACCAUUGCCGAAGCGCACACGCUCUCUGGCUUGAAGGAGUAUGCGAGAAAGCACAUGGCCGAGGUGGCAUCCGAUAUCUUAGCCACUGUUCCGUCCUUUGUGCACACUACGGAAUAUGGUAGCAGGACGUUCUUGUCGGCUGGGCGGUGCCUCGGGUGGCCGCUGGGUAUUCUGGAGCUGAGUACGGUGUGUCCGCCGGAUGCGAGUCGGCAAUUGACCCAGAACGGCAUCCAGGGAGUCGAGACGAUUGGCUUCAUCUAUUUCACCUAG